UGUUUGAUCUGUGGGUUGUUUGUGGUGGUUGUUUCUGUAUGAAGGCAUGCAGCUCUUUAUGCCUUUUUCAAGUUUUGAGUUUGAUCAUUGAACUAAGAAUUUCGGAAAUUGAAAGUCAAUGAACACAAUAAGAAAAAUUUCUCAGCCAAUAUGAUGAUAAAUUCGAAUAUGGCGUAUGGUUUUAUUUUACUAUGCGUGUCAUAUUUUUAUUGCUUGCUUAUAUUUUUGACGCACUGUUUUUUUUUUUUGAUUGAGUGCGGGAAUUUCUUGAGUAAGCAUCAACUUGAUCAUCAGCAAAAAUUCGAAACUGGGGAAAAAGGAAAAUUACAUAUACGCUUGUGUCACUCCUUUCCACUUUCUUGGAAUGGAGGAUGUCAAAGUUGCAGAAAAAAUGCUUCCUCCAGAAUCCUCUUCAUCCAACCACCAUGAUGAUCACUCUGGUAGGGAUGCUCCUACAAACCCAGAAAAGCAUGACAGAGUUGAAAGUGAUAGUCAUUUGUUAAAGAACGAGAAUUCUAAACCAGAGGCUGCACAAAGUGCUUCUGAUGUUCCAUCUCUGGCACAAAAUCAACUACAUCCAACAGAUAAUCCGUCUUCUACCUCAUUAACAAUAGAAAAUGGUAAAUUACCAACUGCAGAACAGACUUCAAAGAUCCCAUCUCUAGAGCAAAACCAGCCUCUGCCAACAGAUACCACAGCCUCACAGUCGACAGUUACUGUUACUCAGGAAACUCUGAAGAAAGAUUCUGGUCCUAAAGAUGUCGAUCCAUUAUUACAACAAAACCAGCCUCUUCCAACAGAUACCACAACCUCACAGUCGACAGUUACAGUUACUCAGGAAACUCUGAAGAAAGAUUCUGGUCCUAAAGAUGUUGACCCAUUAUUACAACAAAAUCAACAUCUUCCAACAGAUACUCCAGCCUCAACCUCAACUAUUGCAGCUGACAAAACGGAGACAAAUAUACUGAAUACUGUCGCAGAUUCUGUUCCUAAGAAUGUUGACCUUGUAGUGCCAUCCACCGUGCGUUCUCUGCCCAAUAUAAAGACCUCCAGAACUGCAAUUACUAAAUCUGAGGCCACCUCUUCUCCUAACAGUGCUAAGCUGGCUUAUGUGAACAAUGCAGUAUUAUCACCCAAUGUAAAGUAUGCUAGCUUGUCUGCGAGAAAAGCAGGAGUCAGUGAUUCUCCUAAUAGUGCUAAGAGCAGAGGCCUUAUUGAUACAACUUCUCCUUUCGAAUCAGUUAAAGAAGCUGUUUCCAAAUUUGGAGGAAUUGUUGAUUGGAAAGCCCAUAGAAUCCAAACUGUGGAGAGACGCAAACUUGUGGAGCAAGAACUGGAGAAAGCACAGGAGGAGAUUCCGGAGUAUCAGAGACGAUCCGAGAUUGCUGAAGAUGAGAAAACAAAAGUAUUGAAGGAGCUGGACAGCACGAAGAGACUUGUAGAAGAAUUGAAGCUUAACCUGGAAAGAGCACAAACAGAAGAGAGUCAGGCAAAACAAGACUCGGAACUUGCCAAACUAAGGGUGGAAGAGAUGGAGCAAGGUAUUGCUGAUGAGGCCAGUGUUGCAGCCAAGGCACAGCUUGAGGUUGCCAAGGCGAGGCAUACAGCUGCAGUGACAGAGCUAAAAUCUGUUAAAGAGGAGCUGGAAGCACUGCACAAGGAAUAUGCUUCUUUAGUGACUGAGAAAGACUUGGCUAUCAAAAAUGCCGAAGAGGCCAUUGCUGCAUCCAAGGAAGUUGAGAAAACAGUUGAAGACCUAACUAUUGAACUGAUUGCCACAAAGGAGUCAUUGGAGUCUGCACAUGCUGCCCAUUUGGAAGCAGAGGAACAAAGGAUUGGAGCAGUCAUGGCCAAGGAACAAGAUUCUCAUCAUUGGGAAAAGGAGAUAAAGCAGGCAGAGGAGGAGCUUCAGAGACUUAACCAGCAAAUUCUGUCAGCUAAGGAUCUUAAAUCCAAACUGGACACAGCCUCGGCCUUGCUUCUUGAUUUAAAAGCUGAAUUAGCUGCUUAUAUGGAAUCAAGAUUCAAGGAGGACAGUGAUGGAGGACAAUCGAAAGAUGAGCAAGAAACACCGGAGAGGAAAACUCAUACUGAUAUACAAGCAGCAGUUGCUUCAGCAAAGAAGGAGCUGGAGGAAGUGAAGCUCAACAUAGAGAAAGCAAUUGCUGAAGUAAAUUGCUUAAAGGUGGCUGCCUCGGCAUUGAAUUCUGAACUUGAAAGUGAGAAAUCAGCUCGUGCCACCAUUAGGCAAAGAGAAGGAAUGGCAUCAGUGGCUGUGGCAUCUCUAGAAGCUGAACUGGACAGGACUAGGUCAGAAAUAGCUGUAGUUCAGAUGAAGGAGAAAGAUGCCAGAGAGAAGAUGGUGGAGCUACCCAAAGAGUUGCAACAAUCAGCACAACAGGCUGACCAGGCAAAGGUACUAGCCAAAAUGGCUGCUGAAGAUCUGCGUAAGGCAAAAGAAGAAGCAGAUCAAGCAAAGGCUGGAGCAAGUACUAUGGAGAGUAGAUUAUUAGCAGCACAAAAGGAAAUAGAGGCUGCAAGGGCUUCUGAAAGGUUAGCGUUAGCAGCAAUCAAAGCAUUGCAGGAGAGUGAGCAAGCCCGAUCCACCCCCGCUGAUGCUGAUUCACCGCCUGGAGUAACACUCUCUAUAGGGGAGUAUUAUGAGCUCAGCAAACGUGCCCAUGAGGCAGAGGAGCAGGCAAACACGAGAGUUGCUGCUGCAAGUUCCAAAAUUGAGGCAGCCAAGGAGUCUGAGCUGAGAAGCUCGGAGAAGUUGGAAGAAGUGAGUAGGGAAAUGGCUUCGAGAAAAGAAGCACUCAGGAUGGCAAUGGAGAAGGCUGAGAAGGCCAAGGAAGGGAAAUUGGGUGUUGAACAGGAGCUGAGAAAGUGGAGAGCCGAACACGAGCAACGACGAAAGCUUGGUGAACCUGGUCAGGCAGCCGUAAACCCCACUAGAAGCCCAAGGGGUAGUUUUGAGGGAGUGAAAGAUUCUAAGGGCUUUGACCAGGCACCUGUCUCUGCAGUAGGUGACCCUUAUGGUUCAAGCCCCAACCAUGCAUCAGGAAAUGUCACUGGAAGUGAGCCAUCCCCCCAAGAAGUAAAGGGUGGAAAGAAGAAGAAGAAGUCAUUUUUCCCACGGAUUUUUAUGUUUUUGGCCAGAAGAAAGCAUGCGAAAAAUCAAGCUGCACGUUGAAAUCAAUGCAUAUCUUUGUUGUUGUGAGUUUACAUCUUUUCUCAGGGCGAUUUCCAGAGUGACUGUAAAUGCGGGAUUUGAUCUGACAGAUUAUUACUUCACUGUACAUGUCGACAUUGGUAUAUUAUUUUUUGUAUGAUAAGUUGAUUGGACGAUAAUUUUGCUCAUUAUAAGGAUUGUAUGGCUGGUUGGUUUUUGGGGGCAAUAAGGUCGUUGGUGCUUAGCUAGAGAUAAUAAGAGUGAUUCUGUGAUGUGUAGGCUUGGAAUGUAAAGUCAGCUCAAUUGCUGUUUGCUGUAAUGAAAAUUAUAUGGGUCCGAGUUUUUUCUUCGAGUA